AUGGAGUCUGUCAGUAAUAAAAAGCGAAAACGUUCGCUCGAGCAAAAGUUAAACAGCGAGCGAAAUGAUUAUUACAAGAAGCUAAGAAAAGAGCAAAAGAAGAAGAGGAAAAAGCGAAGGAAUGGUUCAGAAAAACAACCAGAAGCACCAGCAAUCAAAAGAAACACGGAAAGACAGAAAGAAACACAGCUACCAGAGGCAGCAAGGAACGAACCAAAAAAGGUCGAAUUAGCAGAGCGAUCAAAGACUGUCACAGUAACAAACGAGGCAAGGAAGGACGAACACGGGACGAAAAAACGGAUUUACUGCACUUUUGACACGAGUCAAAAGUUAAGUCAAAUAUGGUAUUAGCUUUGACUUCACCUUUGACGCGCGUCAAAGAUGUCGCCAAAUAUAUAAGCUCUUUGCUUACUCCUUUGACCUCGGUAAAGGUGUAGUCAAAUUGUUAACAACUUUGACUUCUCCUUUGAUGCGCGUCAAAGAUGAAGUCAAAUGAAUCAAUGCUUUGCUAUUCCUUUAACCCUUAUCAAAGUCGUUGUCAAAUAUGCUGGUAACUUUGACUUUACCUUUGACGCACGUCAAAGAUGAAGUCAAAAGUGUAGUUAGCUGUGACCACACCUUUGAUACUAGUAAAAAAUGAAGUCAAAUACGAGCGCUACACUUUUACAACACUCUUGAAUGGUGCUGAAAGUGAGAGCAAAUAUGCAAUGAAUUACGUCUACAAACACUUAUGUCGAAACUGAUAUUGAGAAAGGAAAUUAAAAAGCUGUAUUUGAAUACUGUUUUAAAGAUAUUUAUACGACAAUACCGAACACGGGCGGGUAAUCAUUGUAAUUGCUGUUUUAUAAUUAUUUUUGAAAAUGUUCUAGAAUAUGUACUUUUUCGAAGUGAUUUUUUUUUUUGUCUUAUCUUGAGUGGAUCAUUUUCUCCUUGAUCGAUCAAAAUACCAUGUAAUGACAGCGACGCAAGACAAUGACUCAACAAUUGGACGAUGGAAGACUGAACCCAAGCAAGACACCCUGUUUUUGGCGCGAAAUUGUCGCGGCUGCAAACUCUCUCCGCCCGCGCAAACAAACAAACUACGCAGAUCUGAAGAAAACAAAAACUGCUUUUUUGUACGAAGCAGUUCAGCUUUUGUUGACAAAUAUUUUCACCCUUAUCUUUGAUAGAGUUUAGACCACAAACUUGUUCAAAAGGUACGUGUCAUUCUUUUCUAUGUGUUCAUGCAAUAGUUGUUCUUCAAACUUCAUCGUUGUUUUACUGUGUUAAGCUUACGGAAACCAACUCCGAACAGGCGUGUAUGUCGUGCUUGGGAGCUUUUCUGAUUGUUAAAUCUGGUUCAGUAAACUAUCAAAAUUUUCUAUAUUACAGUAGAGUUUAUAUUAGAUCAAGCCCUUUUUUCUAAUAGGGUUAGUGCAUUUCUGCAAAAGUAAUAGCUGGCUUAUAUUUCACUAUGCAAUUCAAGUAAAAACUCCAUGCGAGAACCUACUAACAUCAAGAUUAUAAACCAACUGGUUUUUCUAACAGUUAUACUUAACUACGAAAACUACUUCAGGGUAAUGAAAUAAUAUAAGACUUACAUAUAUAUUUUUUCAUGGACAGUGUACUUCAAUAAAAAAAUCUGUACCGGACUUUGAUGGGCAUAUUACUGAAGAAAGUACAUAAGCUUAUUUGAACAGGAUUCAGUGUAGUUUAUCAAACAAAGAAGUGUGGUUAUUUGAAGACUUCGGAUGUUUUACAGACGUGAGUAUCUCUUCCUAUUGAUUUUUCUGGGUUCUAUACGUAAUGGGGCUCAGGCUACAUAAUUUUUAAAAUUUUCCAUUGAUUUUUGUGCCACCACAGUGGCAGCUAGGUAUGUUUCAACACUUAAUAAUAAUCAUUCAAACAUAUCGAGCUGUCCCUUCUUUAUUGUGACUGGACAAUAACUUUAAAAAUAGCCUGCGUAGCAAGCUUUUUCGCUCGAGUUUUCUGCAAGAGACUAAGUUUUUAGAGGGCAAAAAAAGAGGAAGGAGGGGCCGGGUGGGGCUAACUCGCGCAAUAACUCUAUUGGAAACGCUUGUUAUGCAGGCUAGGUAUAAUAUAAGUGCUUCUUUAGUUUAAUUUUAAGCUUUGGGCAUGGAAGGAAAUUUUCAUUGAAUUUUCCUGGACUUAAUUAAGUGAUAAUAAGGCUCGAUUCAAACGUCAAAUUUCACAAAUGACGAACUUAAUGACAAUGCAUGUACACGAAAUGUAAUGUUCCCAUUCAAAAGCAUUAGGUUCGCUACACAUUUUUAACCGGGUCUUUAAGUUUUGAUAAAGGUAAAGAGAAAGGGGAAUUUUCUGCAGGAAAGGAGCGAUAGUAAAAAGGGAGUGGGGCCGAAAAAUUUAUUUGAAACACUACGACUGAAUUUUUUAUCUCAAAUUUGCUAUAUUCUUUAACAAUUAUUUCACAGAUAAAAGAAACAAGGCAAAAUGAUAAGUCUCCAGUGGAACGAAACACACAACAGAGGAAGAUUGAAGUUAGAUACAUGGCGUUUGUCUUUCACUUACAUCAAGAAUCAAAAGCACUCUAGAAUGAAAAUCUUCGCAAAGAUAACAUCAAGACAGAUGGGCUCCUGAUCAAGAACAUUUCUUACUUACCAUGAUUUUUGCACUGGCUUGCGUGAAAGAAGUGUUUUAAACUAUUUUGCAGGUUGCCGUCCGUGACAACAGCAUGUAUCUGGAACAUUUAUAGUGCUUCAAAAAUUUGCGGCAGUCAUUAUGAUUGUCCAUUGACAGACUGCAAUGAGUACUUUAGACAAUAAAUCGUGAAAAGGUUUUAAAAAAUCAUUUUUAUGUGUUUAAGUUUUAAUCGGAAUUAUUCAGCUUUCUAAUCAUCUAAUGAGGUUUUAGGACAAUAAAGUAUGAGAUUAAGAACUCAGUCUCUUACCUGUGCACCUUUUUAAACGGUAUCCAGGUCGCAAUUGAAUUUGAUUGAAAUCUCAAGUUGGAUUCUAGCCUGUAAAUCAAGCGCUUAUGACUAGCGAGGCAAUAACGCGGCAUUCGCGCGAAGCGCGAGGCGAACGCGGAAUUCACGCGAAGCGCGAGACGAGCGAGAGGCGCGAGACGAGCGAGAGGCGCGAUGCGAGGGGAGGAAAAAAACCAAACAUAUUUGGCAACACCUUUAUUAAGCCUUUGACUUAAAUCUCAGACGCAUUUGACGACAACUUUGCCACACAUUUGACCUGAGGCUCAGACACAUUUGACGACACUUUUCACAAGCCUUUGACUUUAAUCACAGACAUAACUUUACCGCGCUUUUGUCACACCUUUGGCCUGAAUCUCAGACAUAUUUGACGACGCCUUUGAUAGUGGUACAAAUGCUAAUGAAAUAUACCUUUGACGCGCGUCAAAGGUAGGGGUUAAAGGCGUGACAAAAACGGCCUUUAUCGCCUGAAGACUCGCCUUUGACCGCGAGCAAAGGUAAACAUUUGUCGCGCGUCAAAGUUGUACAAAGGUGUGCAAAGGUGGCCUUUAUCGCCCGUUUGACUUCACCUUUGACGUUCAGUAAAUCCGUUUUUUCGUCCCGUGGAACUAGCAGAACGACCAGAGACAGCAAGCAAGGAAGUGAAGAAGAAUGAAGCAGUAAACUACUGGCCUCGUCAGUUAAUUGUAAGAAAAGAUGAGUCUUCGAGGGGGAAAUUGAUAUUAUCGGCGGCCUUGAAAGUUAACACAGAAACGAACAAGACGAGGACAGAAACAACUAAGAAGAGACGUCUAGCUCAAGCUCCACGAAGCGAGAAAAAGUUCCUAAGCGAUACUGAUGUGACGGAGUUGACAAAUGUGAAACGUGUCGCUGGGGCAAAGCCACUCGGGAGUGGAACGUUUGGAACUUGUUAUCCAGGCACCUUUCGUCAAUAUCGAGUAGUUAUCAAAGAAUAUAAGGCUAGAACCCACAUGAACGGGGAACACGACAGUUUGGAGCGGUUAAGGCGAGCAGCAAGACACGAAGCGCGUGUUAUAAAACAACUAGGCGACCACCCAGGGAUUCCUUGGCUGUUCGGUGUAUGCACCGCAAAAAUGCCUGUCAGCAUUGUCAUGAAGUUUCACAACGAUGGCGAAGAAAGUGUGACAAUCUACAAAGCGGCAAAAGACAACAAAGUGGCAGAAGCAAAGAAAUGGAACGGCAUAUUUUUGGAAACUUCGGAAGCUUUGGAACAUAUUCAUAAUUGUGGGUAUGCCCACAACGAUCUAAAGAGUAACAACGUGGUAUUAGAAAAGAGGAAGGACCAGCAGCUGCACCCUGUUAUAAUAGAUUAUGGUAACAGUGUGCUGUUAAAGAAGGCAAAAUCUCCCGUUGCCAAACCGGUACAUCAAAGGAAAGCUUACCAGAACUCUUAUAUUGCCCCUGAACUAUUAGACGGAACAGGAAAGCAGUCUGUUGAGAGCGAUAUUUACGCGUUAGCUUUUUUGAUCAAAGGUGUUUACAUUAUUCUUGGAAAUAUUGGAAAUAUUGAUGCUAACGUAAAAUGUGCUUUGGCAAAGUCACCUAAAAGUAGACCGCCGAUCUCAGUUUUAAAAGUGGCCUUUAGCGUUGACAAUUAA